GUAUUUUUAAUUUAUAAGGGGGGUCACACUCAGAGAUUUGCUAUGUGAAAGGGAUCACCAGUAUAAAAGUUUGAGAACCAUUGGCCUAGAGAGAGGACAGGGUUAGCAAAGGGAAAUCAUUUAGGAUGAAAGGGGGGAUACUUUGUGGGUAAGUGUCAGUCCCACUUCUGUUUUUUUGGUACGUAAAUGGCCUUGACUUACAGAAGUGAAUAAAUAGAGAAAAGCAGAGAAACAAAUAUUCCAGAGAGAGUGCUGUGUGAAUUUCAGUGUAAAUUGAGUGAUUGAUGAGAGAACCAAAAGUAGGCAUAUGGUCAGAUUCCUUCCUGCUGUGAUCAACAGGGGAGUGAUUCAACCAGAGAAAACAGGUGGUAGUACUGCUCCCUCGCAGUUGCCACUGGGAAAAGGCAGCUCUGAGUUACGUCAGGAACCCUGCUGGUAUAGGAUGCCCUGGAUCAACACAUCUCCUAGCUGCUCUGACCCUGCAUCCUCUUCAACCAAUGCUAUCUACCUGUAGCCCCCUACUAGUCUGUAUGCUGCCAAAGAUCUCCAUCUGCUGCUGCCAGCAAAGACUUGAGUCGACUUAGCUGAUAGCAAACAAGGAAGAAUAAUACAGAGAAGCCAAGAGAAAUAUCGGGAGGUGUUUGUCAAUAAUGCAUUAAAUGUGUCUGUACAACGUUUUAAAGGAGCAAAGCAAGCAGGCAUAAUUUUGGGAUAUAAUAUAUGCAUGCAGGCUUCAAAUGGGCUGGAAGAUAAAAUAGAAUUGUGUGGACUGAAGAGUUUUGGGGCAAAAGACAUGGGGGUACAGAUGGCGAGUGGAGUGGUGGGGGAGGAGAAACAUGGCCAAUUUUGAAGCAAGAUUAUCUGAUUCACGAAGAGUGUAGCAUUGACUGUCCCAGGAUAUUUUCCUGGAAGCUUUCUGUCUUUUUCAAAAUGUGAUGGUGCUUUACUGAACUCAUAGAGCACAAGAAUAGAUCUUGUGUGCAUCAGGCUGGAAGUAAAUCUCUUUAUUUAUAUUGGUCAUGGCAAUCCUGUCACUUGCCAACUGAGGAGCAUUACCCCAGACUCUGCUGCAAUACUUUUCUGGGCUCAUCUCCAUUUAAUAGCUAAUACAGCUAUAGGCCAUCCCAGGUAAUAAAUUCAGACUGUAAUGCCAAGAUCUGUUGCUUCUGAUCUCAAGGAUUAAAAAUACGGCUGUACGCCCUCUCAAAGGUGCAGUAGCAUUAUAGUUGCAGUUAGGCACGUUCAGUUGAGCCAACCAUAACAUAUUUAAGAACGAGUGAAAUUCCAGCAAGUGAUGAGAGACCUAGCAUUUCUGUGAUACUCCUUCAAGCCAUGGAUGUAUUUCUGAUUGCCAUGGCUGCAGUUGACAGUUUCUACCUCUUGUAUAGGGAGAUUGGUCGUUCCUGCAGUUGUUAUAUGGAGGCACUGGCUUUAGUUGGAGCCUGGUAUGUGGCCAGAAAAUGCUUCACUCUUGUGUGUGAUUCUUACAGCUUGAUCAGGUUGCAUUUCAUCCCCAAGCUGGUGAGCAGGGCUGAUUUUGUCAAGCAAUAUGGAAGAUGGGCGGUAGUCACUGGUAGCACAGCUGGCAUUGGAAAAGCCUAUGCUGAAGAACUGGCAAGCCGUGGCAUCAACAUUAUCUUAAUCAGCCGGAGCAAAGAGAAGCUGGAGGCCGUAGCUAAAGACAUAACCGAAACCUAUAAAGUUGAAACUGCUGUUAUAGUAGCAGAUUUCAGCAAAGGUCGUGAGAUUUACUCUUCCAUUAAGGAAGCCCUCAGAGACAAAGACAUUGGGAUUUUGGUGAAUAAUGUAGGAGUGUUUUAUACCUACCCGGAAUAUUUUACCAGGUUGUCUGAGGACAAACUAUGGGAAAUUGUCAAUGUAAAUAUUGCUGCCGCUAACAUGAUGGUGCAUAUAGUGCUGCCAGGGAUGGUACAGAGGAAAAGAGGUGCGAUUGUGAAUGUUUCUUCUGGAUCCUGCUGCAAACCCACACCACAGAUGGCAGCGUAUUCAGCCUCCAAGGCCUACUUGGACCACUUCAGUAGAGCACUACAUUACGAAUAUGCUUCAAAAGGAAUCUUUAUUCAGAGUUUAAUCCCAUUCUUCAUCUCCACAAACAUGACACAAUUUGGUGAUCGCAUUCUGUCAAACAAGUUUUUUUUUGUGCCUUCAGCUAAAGUAUAUGCACAUCAUGCUGUUUCCACCCUUGGGAUAUCCAGAAGGACUACAGGAUACUGGAUCCAUUCUAUUCAGUUUCUGCUUGUACAGUACAUGCCAGAAUGGUUCUGGGUUUGGGGAAUGCAGAUUCUCAACAGAGCUCUACGUCAGGACGCCUUAUCCCACAGAAUAUAUUAGGAAUAUCCUCUAGGAAAUAGCCAAUGUGCUAAACUACUGCAGUAACCUAAUUUGAGCAUUGGAAGAACUCUUUUUAAAAAAAACAACAAAAAACAGUUUGCUAAUAUGUUUUCAUCACAAACAAUAUACGUACCAUAGUUACCAGAGAAGCCUGGAUCUGCCCCUCUCUUUGUACUACUGGGCCCAGAGCAAAAGCUGAGCAGGACAUAACUGUUUUUUGUCUAGUUUAGUUCAGAUAGUUAAAUCUCUGAGUUUCUCAUGUAAUUGAAUGAGAGUGGGCGGGGUACUGAUCCUGCAUGGAAUUGACUGGUCAUGGAAAUUCUAAUAAUAUGAAUGGGAAUUUAGAUAGCCCGGUGUUUUGCAGGAUUGGGCACUGGAAGAGUUGAAGGGGAUCCCAAAUCAUGUUGUGUUAUAAAGACAAUCUCAGAUUUUCAGUGGACUAUCUUGUGUUGGUUUUCCAAUCUUGUCAUUGCAGGUAUUAUGUUGAAAAAUGUAUAAGGUUACUUUUUCAAAACUGGGGAAAAGGUAGAAUGCAUUUAAGGCUUUUUAGUUAAUUAACUCUUUUUUUGUUUGUGUGUGUUCUGUAUUGCUAUGAUAGAGCAGCAAUAAAGUUCAAAUAAAAAUG